AACUGGUUUUGUUUUCCAGCGAGCGAAGCCUCUCCUUCUCCUCCGGCGCGGUACGCUCUUUCGCUGUAACGUCCUCCGUCUUCGUUACAGCGAUGGAGACCGCCGCCUCCGUCGUUACGGACUCCUCGACCGUUACGGACUCCACCGUUACCGAUUCCUCCACCGAUGCCGACUCCUCCGCCGCCGACUCUCGCCUUGGCUUCGGAAAGAUGGAGUUUGGAUGUAUGCACUAUAGACGGAGGUGCAAGAUCCGAGCUCCGUGUUGCAAUGAGAUCUUCUAUUGUCGCCACUGCCAUAAUGAGUCCAACAGCGGUCUGCACGAGCUUUGCCGCCGGGAUGUUCAGAGGGUGAUUUGUUUGGUCUGCGACACUGAGCAGCCGGUUGCACAAGUAUGUUCAAAUUGCGGGGUUAAUAUGGGAGAGUAUUUCUGCGAUGUGUGCAAAUUUUAUGAUGAUGACCUUGGAAAGGGGCAAUUUCAUUGCAAUGAUUGUGGCAUCUGCAGAGUAGGUGGUAAAGAGAAUUUUUUCCACUGCCAGAAGUGUGGAUCCUGCUACUCAGAUGGGUUGCGUGAUAAGCAUUCAUGUGUGGAGCACUCAAUGAGGCGCCAUUGCCCUAUAUGUUAUGAGUAUCUUUUUGACUCAUUGAAAGAGACAAGAGUUUUGAAAUGUGGGCACACCAUACAUGAGGAAUGUUAUGACGAGAUGCUAGAACAUGCCCGGUACACAUGUCCAAUAUGUUCCAAAUCAGUAUGUGAUAUGUCAAAAUAUUGGAGGCAAUUAGAUGAAGAGAUAGCAGCAACAAUCAUGCCUGAAGAUUAUCGUUACAAGGUCUGGAUCCUCUGUAAUGACUGCAACAAAGUUUCUGAGGUCUUCUUUCACAUUGUUGGCCAUAAAUGUGGUCACUGCAAUUCCUACAACACCAGGACAACUUCUCCUCCAGCUGUGCCUCCUCAAUAGAACUCCAGCAGUCCUCCCAAAUUGAUUCUUACUCCCUCCGGGCAAGAGUUACAGAAAGCAUUGGGCCAUGCAAUAGUGCAUUCAUUGACGAUCUGGCCAAACACCUUAACAAGCAAUUCUCUCCCUGUAAGGAGGGUCCCAAUUGUGUUGUUUGGUCUAGAUUCCAUACAGCUUAUUAGUGAAAUCUUCAACUUCACAUUGUUUGGGUACUGUGCUGAAUUGUUGCAUCUCUAAAUGCGGGCAUAUCAUCCCAUAUUGAUAUCAUCUUAUCGAUACUCUGUAUUCUGAAUCUUAUCAUAUUAUAUUGCGUACCAACCUUUAAUAGGAUUGUGAAUGGUAUGGGAUCUGAUACCAAGUCAGCAAA